UUUUCGUGGUUCAAAAUGAAAAAAGAGUUGAGUCAAAAAAUUCGCAAUUUUCUUUCAGCUAGAAAAAACUAAGAAUCGCAAGAAAAUUUACAACAUAGUUGACUGGGUGGGGGGUCUUUUGGCGCGCCACGAAGUCUGCACUUCCGCGAAGCGAACAGUACAGUCCUGGCCCCCUCUCCUCAGCUUUACGAGAGUGCUCGAGUGGUGCCAGUUGAGUUUUAGAGUUUGAGUCGAGUCUCAGCUCAGUUCAGUGCAACUCGGUAGCUCCUUGUGGGCUCCUCGUGAGCGGCGCGUUCGUCAAUUUUCGUGUGUGAAAACAUCUCGAGCAUCUCGUAGCGUCGUGUGUUCGUUUUUUUUUUUUUUUUAUUAUCCCUUCGUGUUCCGUUUUCGCGUAACUCGCCGAUUGGAACGUGACCAAAAAAAAGCACGUGGUUAUGAUUUUAACGUGAUUUUAAUUUUUGUGAUUCGUGUUUCGAACUAGUUGAGAAUAGCGGUUCGCGGAACGGGGGAGGUGAUAAACAAAAUAUAUGAAACCGACGUUGUCGAAGAAAACGUGACGACGAUACGCGAGACUCGGACGAUUUGAAAGGAGAGUGCUGAGUGCCUUUAAUGUCACAUCACAUAUUACGACGGGAAAUAGUGAGCACGCUAAUUCGCGUAUACAUGACGAUAAACGUCUAAAAAUAAACGGCCUGUGUGCUCAUAUAUUGGACAUUGCAAUUUUGCCUAUGUGCAUACAUAGUAAGCUACGUUGGGAGGAAGUCGCCGAGCUUGGCACGAUUUAUUGAAAUCAAGACAUUGAGAAGCAACGCUUACGUAAUUUCAUAUGUUUUAUCGGAAUUGACGGGACGAAAAAAAGAGCGAGAGAAAAGUGAUAAGCGAUUUUUCAUCGGCAACUCAACUGUGUUAAUCUAUCAGUGUGCCCGCGCGCAUUGUAGCCAGAGCAAACGGUUUUCACUUCCGGAAGCAUUAGUCACUCGAAUAUCAGCCUCUCCAACGAACCUUCAAUUGCCCGUGCUGGGACGCUUGACACUGCGCGGUUGAUAACGCGCUUGUACGCGCGUGAAAACCGUUCCUGAAAGUAUUUCAACGUGGAGAAAUUCCCAGUCGGAUGAUUGAUGCAAAUUCAUUAGCAAAGGAUAAUUGACACGGUGACCUGCACGAGCAUUGAACUCGGCUGAAGCCUCCGCUUGUCUUGUCGUUCGGAGCCACCAUCUCGUGACAGUGGAAAAUCGUAAAAAAAUAAACGACCAGUGGACAAUGAAAUGAGCGUUUCGUAGUGUUUGCCGCGACCGAAUGGACGAUUCAAUUCGUGGGAGACCAAGACUCGAAGCCUCGAGUUCGAAAAACUUUCCAAGAUUCUUCUGUUUUCCACGUGACUCGUGAAGAAACACCGGGAAAUUCUGCUGCUUCCUGAAUCGCAGCAAUCGAAGAUACCAAACAGUUGGAUUAAAUAGUGACAAUAAUAUACGUGAGAAUAUUUCCGCGAAUAAAAAGUAUUGAACACCGUCAGUAUUUUCUUAUGGACACUAACUAAAAGUCAAUAAUAGAGAUACGCGAAUUGGGUGAAAGAAUUGUAACGCGAAUACUUCGAUUAAAGAACGGAAAGAAAAAGCCGGAGUUCUGUUUUGAUAAUAAAAGUUUAAUUGAGCGAGUUCAUACUUCUCUUAAUUAAUGUGACUUAUCGGGCGCGUCACGGAGUUUCGUAAUCGGCGAGGAUUCAAGAUAAUCAUUCGACAUCGCACACACGACGCGCGAGAGUUCGCGUAAUUGCUCGAUAUCGAAACGUGGAAUAUACUCGUUGACCUCGAUGCCUCGCUUCUUGCGGUACAGGAAAACGAGGUAUCAUUUUCCAAGGCUGUACGAUCGUCUUGGACGGAUGUCGAGCUUACUGUUUAUCGCGAGUUAAAAAGCACAACGUCUCUCGUCCUUUCGUCGAUCACAUGCGAUUUCACAGUUCCGGGUACGCGAGCAUUCGCGCGAGAGUCAGAAUCGCCACGAUGAUUCCAAGUUUCAACAAAAAGUGACGCUACGUUUUUGACUGCCCAGAGACGUCGAAUUUUCUAUGGAUAAUAGCCCGUUCUUCGUAUCUUUGCAUCUGUGAUUUUACGUUAAUGACUCGAGCAAAUAGAAAUGAGAAUCGGAAUACUCGUCGUUCAAACAAAGCGAAGUCGAUGAUUGCAAAUACUUUGCGGUACGGAAUUUUGUUGAAAGGAGCAAAAAAUGACCGUCACUUACACGGCCGAAGUUGCCUCGUGUCGAGGUCUUGGAUGCUUCCUCAAACUUCUUCUGAGAUGGAGAGCCAGUGUUUACAAACUCGUAUGGUUAGACCUAGCGCUCUUCCUCGUUAUUUAUUACGCCCUGGCCGGUCUUUAUCGAUGGAUUCUGGACAGGGAACAGCAAAAAACGUUCGAGCAAGUAGUUCUUUAUUGCAAAGAGUACAGCGACCUAAUACCACUCUCGUUCGUCCUUGGCUUUUACGUCAGUAUCGUCAUGACCAGAUGGUGGAAUCAGUACGUGGCGAUACCGUGGCCGGAUUCGAUAGCAGUUUUUGUAUCGGCAACGAUCCAUGGAAACGACGAAAGAGGAAGGCUCAUGCGACGAACGAUCGUGAGAUACGUCUGCGUUUGUCUGACGAUCGUUCUAACGAGUGUAUCUCCACGAGUGAAGAAGCGUUUUCCAACGUUGGAUCACUUCGUUGACGCGGGUCUGUUGCUUGAAAAUGAAUUAGCGAUAUUUCAAAGUCUGAACGCAAAAUUUCCUAAGCCAAGCAAACACUGGCUGCCGAUUGUAUGGGCUUCGAGUAUCGUAACGAGAGCUCGAAAGGAGGGCAGGAUACGAGAUGACUUUGCUGUGAAAACGCUUAUAGACGAAUUGAACAAAUUUCGUGGUCACUGCGGUAGCCUCAUACAUUACGAUACAAUAAGCAUACCACUCGUGUACACACAGGUCGUUACACUCGCCGUUUAUUCGUAUUUUAUUACCAGUGUCAUGGGAAGACAGUGGAUUCAAAAGUCCACCGAAGAAACUACUGUCGACUACUAUUUUCCAGUAUUCACGACCCUUCAGUUCUUCUUUUACAUGGGUUGGCUCAAAGUUGCUGAAACACUUAUUAAUCCGUUUGGCGAAGAUGAUGAUGAUUUUGAGGUUAAUUGGAUCGUUGACAGAAAUUUACAGGUGAGUUAUUUAAUAGUCGAUGAAAUGCAUCACGAGCAUCCAGAGUUGAUUCGUGAUCAAUAUUGGGAUGAAGUAUUUCCCGUUGAAUUGCCAUAUACCGCGGCAGCUCAACCCUUCCGAGAGGAACACCCUCAACCUUCGACUGCUGGUAUUCAACUUUCGGCUGCUCAGCAAGAGCUUCAUCCUUCCUCUGUGAGAAUCGAUGAGAUGGUGCCUGAAUCGUAUCCAGGCAAAUUCCGAUCAGACAUCGCAGACGAUGCGACAUCUGGUAUUCACUUCACGGCUGGUGGAAAAAUGUCCAGGAGUGCAAGUCGAGUUAGCACGCGUGAUCGAGCAAUGAGCGGAGGUUCAACAGCCAGCAAUAUUGGUGGAUCGUUGACGAGGGUAAACAGCGUUACGAGUGUACUGAAGAGGUUGUUCAGUAAAGAAGACAGAACCGAUGGAGGGUCUGGCUCAAAAACUCCUGGUCGAAUUCCGAACUCGUGCUCCGCUGCUUCCCUACAGAAUCGUUAUCCAGGCACCGGUUCCAUGAGGAUUGGCGUCAUCGAGGAGGUUGAUGAACAAAUGACCAUGACUUCUAUGCGACCUGAAACGAGACCACAUAUUCAGAGCAUAUUUCCUCAAGGUCCCCCACCGCCUAGCUUACCGGUUGAUGUACCAGGAACUAAAAGGAAUGGUGAAAUUUUGUCAAGCAGUGCACCAGCCGGCCCAGGACUCGGCACGAAUCGUUAUCUCGGGCAACCCAGAACACAUCUUGCAACACGCUCGGCAAGAUCGAGUGCGACAUUCGAUCCAGUUUCUGGUUACGGUGGAAGCGGAACUGCUGAAGAGGAUAACAUUAGUUCACGAAGUUCCGUCUGCUCGACGGUCAGUUCCGACGACGAUUUUACGAGAUUGAAGCUUGAGCGUGACAAGGAACGUCGCGACAGAGCGAUGAAAAAAUUGGUUCGAAGUGUAAGUGGCAAUCAACGUAACGAGGGACCAUCUUCCCUGGAAUUGGAUACGGAGACCUUGCUCCUGAACGAGAUGGCAGAAACUUCAAAAAUUUCGUUACAACGCAGUGAUCGUAACUCGAAAAACAACGAGUCAGAUAACGUUUAACAUUUAUGAUGAACGUUUAUUCUUCUACAAGAAAACUAUCCAUCUAUUGGAAAAGUAUGUUAUUAACGAUAGUAAAUUAUUGAAAACAACGGUACGACACUGGGAAGUGAAUUAUUUUCAAAGUUUUUGUGUGAACAGUGAAUCUGAAGGGAUUUUUGCGGAUAUGCUAUUCGUGAACCUUUUCAAGAAGAUUUUUUUGAACGAGGGGGACCACACUUUGAAACGCAAAAUUCAGAGACUUGUAUAAAAAAAUUAUGGCAGGGAAUGAGUACAGAUAAUUUUGUUUGGCGGAAACAUCAAUCAAUUGGGAAAAAAGAUCGAAUAUGGAAGUACUUAAAUUUACGAAAAAUAUAAUUAGUGAUGCGAGGGAAAAGCGACUCGUGCAAAGACCAAUCCAUGCGCCCAUUUUUUCGUCCAAAUAUCUCGGUCAUUACUUUUGCUCCAUCACUUGUAGUUGAGUUUAAAAAAAGAAAAGUUAUUAAUUGUUCUAAAUUAUGGGAAAUUUAUGUCGAAACCGUUUUUCUUGAGUAUGGAUAGGGCUCGAUUGAAAUUUUUAAUCACGACAACUGUUCUUUGUUAGCAAUCGAAUUUUGAUUACUGUUUAUUUAUAGAGUUGACUAAAGAAUGGAAAUUUUUAUAAAGGAUACUUUGAAGUAAUCUUCCUAUUUUUAAGAUUUAACGAAAUCAUGAUAAUAUUUUCCGUCCAGGAAAAAAGAAACUGGUAAAGUAUAAAAAUCGAUGCCAGUUCUCGAAAAUAUCACUCAAUGAAAAACAGUCGACGUGCGAAUCGUUUUUCUGUACAUAUGGUUUUUUCGAUCUCGGAGACUAAAAUAAUGUGAAUCCUACAAAUGGACUAAAGAACAGUAAAUUACGCGACGAUGAUUAUCACUAAUUGAACCAUGAAAAUUUCUCGCUCGAAUUAAACAUUACAGAUAUGAGUUUUUUCUCUAUUUCUCUUUCAAUAUUUUUCGAAUAAAAUCAAAUUGACGAAUGCUCGAUGAAGCAUUCGUCGAUUACAUUGAAAGGGCUUAUUCAAUCGAGUGCGACAAAAUAUGUCAGCGAGAACAAAUGAUUUUAAUACAAAGACGUUUCUAUAAAUAUUUAUGUAAAUAACUCCGUUAAUCGAAAUUAGUGUAAGAACACGCACCGUUAUAUUCAAAAAUUUGCGAGCUUUUUUGAAAAAUCAUGUUGGCGCCUUGAUCACGUGAUGAUAUUGAAAAAAAUAAUCUAAGACAUUUAAUGAGCACAAUUACGCUCGCGAGAAGGAAAUGAGCACGCGAGCAUUCCAGCUAAAGCACGCGGCUAGAGCGUCUAGUGAAUUUUUUAUAUUUAUAAAAAGACAACGAUAAAUUUAAACCGAAAUAAACAAAUGAGAACCUGAUUCGAACUCUCGUUACACUUCGGUCAUUUGAAUUUUUAUCGACUUGCAGAAAUGUGUCAUUAAAUUUUUAUUUUCACGCAAACGUAAACUUCACGAAGACGUUAAAUAGAACUUAUGUACGUAAGUAACGAAUGAAAAGAAACGAUUAGGUACAUUUCCAACCAGGAAAUGAGUGGCGCGUAUAGCAGUGAGUAUUGAAAAAAAAAAACAAAAAUUAUAUUAUUCCGAGUGCAACUGUGAUUCGCUCUUCAAAAAAUCGCCUACUAGAAUAUUUUUCAAAUCUGCGCUUGAUGAAACGCGAAGCAGGAUAAGUGAGAAGAAACAUGCUUGAGAGUUUUAGCUGUUCGACUAUUAAACUGCUCAAUGUCGUUUCGGGCAUAUCGAAAGGCAACAUUUUCAUGGAAUAACGUUUAAGGUAACUACUGCGAUUCCAUUGAGUCUGAAUCAUACCAAAUUUCCGAAAUCAAUUGAUUAUUCGUUCAUUUAUUCCCCGACAUUUCUAAUCUUGACAGGCUCAUUUGAAACGUUGAUUUGUAUACACUGAAAAAGAAAUUUUCGCCUAGACAUUAAAACCAACAAAACCAUUAUUCCCCCCCCCCCCCCCCCAAAACGACUUCAAACGAAAUAUGAAUUUGUCAUCGCUUCUCUGCAUACCCAUCGAAUCAUACAAUCGAGAAUUCGAGCAUAAACUACUCGACUUUUCGUCGUAAAUAUUGUAGUUCGAGUUAUUCGCACACACAGCAAUAUUCUUGCUCAUCAGUAACAAUUGAAUAAAUUUUGCAAAGAUGACGCUUCUAACUUUAUCUCAGAUUUGGCGCAAAUGGAUCUCAGUCUGUGGUUACCUUAAUGCAUCCAUUAAAUAGAGAAAAAAUUUGUUAUAUACAAUAUUUACUGAACGUAUGUAUAAUAAUGCAGAUAUUCUAUAUACAGAACAUGAUAGUACGUAAAAUUAUGGAAUAGCAUUCCAACGGGUGAGCCGAAGUUUUUGUGGUGCUUGACGACGAGAGUGCAGUCUUUGUAGACAAUUUUUUGUGACACAUUGUUUUACCAGUAUUACCGUUGAAAUAAAAAAUCAACGAGAGACAAAAAUAAAAUUUGAAAGAGUCAA